AUGGGGCUAUGUGGCAAGAGUAAUAGUGGUGGCGAGAUGGUGGAUGAGAUUAAGACGUACGAGAAGAUAGAAAACAAAGAGGAGAGAAGAAAAGUUGCCCGGGAGAUAUACGACAACUUUAUUAUGAAGGAACUCUUAUCUAACACCCACGCCUACAACAAAGAAUCCGUAGCGUUUGUACAAAAACAUCUAACGAAAAACGAAGUUCCUACCGAUUUAUUUGAGCCCUACAUUGAAGAAAUAUUCACCCAUUUACGCGGGGACCUCUUUAACAGAUUUGUAGAAAGUGACAAGUACACCAGAUUCUGCCAGUGGAAAAACCUCGAGUUGAAUAUACAGCUAACGAUGAACGACUUCAGUGUACACAGGAUUAUUGGUCGUGGUGGGUUUGGAGAAGUUUAUGGGUGUCGGAAAGCAGACACUGGCAAGAUGUAUGCCAUGAAAUGUCUAGACAAAAAGAGAAUAAAGAUGAAGCAGGGUGAAACACUAGCACUCAAUGAACGAAUUAUGUUGUCACUAGUCAGUACAGGGGUGGAUUGCCCCUUCAUUGUGUGUAUGACGUACGCUUUUCACACACCAGACAAGCUGUGCUUUAUCUUGGACCUCAUGAAUGGUGGUGAUCUUCAUUAUCACUUAUCACAACACGGUGUCUUCAAUGAGCAGGAAAUGAGAUUUUAUGCUGCAGAAGUUAUAUUAGGGCUAGAACAUAUGCACCGACGAUAUAUUGUGUAUCGAGACCUUAAACCAGCUAACAUACUCCUGGAUGAGCAUGGUCACGUCAGAAUAUCAGACUUAGGAUUAGCAUGUGACUUCUCCAAAAAGAAACCACAUGCAUCGGUAGGGACUCAUGGUUAUAUGGCGCCUGAAGUGCUUAGUAAAGGAACUGCUUAUGAUAGUUCAGCGGACUGGUUCUCCUUUGGUUGUAUGUUGUAUAAGUUGCUCAAAGGCCACUCCCCGUUCAGGCAACACAAAACUCGAGACAAACAUGAAAUUGACCGUAUGACUUUAACAAUGAACGUUGAGCUUCCUGAUACAUUUACUCAAGAACUUCGGAGUCUUUUAGAAGGCCUACUACAUAGAGAUGUUGACAAAAGACUGGGCUGCAAAGGAAGAGGGGCUGAUGAGGUUAAGGAGCAUCCAUUCUUUGGUGGUCUUGAUUGGCAACAGGUGUAUCUGCAGAAGUACCAGCCACCUCUAAUACCACCUCGAGGAGAGGUUAAUGCAGCAGAUGCAUUUGACAUUGGCUCCUUUGAUGAAGAGGAUACAAAGGGCAUUAAAUUAACUGAAGCAGACCAGGAGCUGUACAAAAACUUCCCUCUAGUAAUCAGUGAACGGUGGCAAACAGAAGUGGCAGAAACUGUGUUUGAAAGUGUAAAUCAGGAAGCAGACAAGGUUGAGCACAAACGACGCACGAAACACAAAUUUAAGUUUGAUACAGAUGAAAAAGAAUCUGAUUGCAUAAUUCAUGGCUACAUCAAGAAAUUAGGCGGACCAUUCACGUCGGCGUGGCAGACACGAUAUGCAAAGUUGUAUCCAAAUCGUGUUGAGCUCCACUCGGAAUCGAGCUCGGGCAAACCUGAACUCAUAUUUAUGGACCAGCUCGAUGAUGUGUCUGCAGAUUUUGUGCAGAUAAAGGGAGAGAACUGCAUUGUUCUCAAGACUAAAGACAACAGAAUUGUUUUAACGAACCCUGAUGAAAUUGGCCUGAAGGAAUGGUCCAUUUCCUUAAGAUCAGCACAUAAGAUGUCACUCGAGCUGCUCAGUAAUAUGGCCAAAAAGGCUGGGAGAAUCUAUGGUACUGAGGGCAACAAUAAACCUUCUUUAAUGGCUAGAAAUGGCAAUGGUAAUUAACUUUAAGAAGACAGGGUGAAGUUUCCUAAUGCACUAUAUGUUACCACAUUGACCAACUAUGAUUCUCAAAAUAGCCAGAAUUCUGGUAAAAACUAUUGCUGUACUUCCUCCUGAUUAAUAAACAGCUUGUUAUGGCACCACAAGGAGAGAAGAAAUUGUUAAGCAAAGUAGUUGUAGCAAAAAAUGUGUAUUGUUGUUAAUGAAUGCAACACUGAUGUGUGCAAAACUCGUUCUUGUAAAAUAUGCAAGGCAAGUGAAAGAAUACAAUUGUGAAUAAACCAGAAAAUUAUCUUUAUUGAAAAAAAUACAGGAAAAGUUCAAUUUUUUUAUUAUUAAACUGCACUCUUAGCUUAUUUAACAGAACUUAUUAGUUCACAUGAAAAAGUAAGUCAUUCCAUCUGGUUUCAUAGGACCUCCUGGAGUUUGUGAUACAGAUUCUCAAGAGAUAAUAUUUUUAUCAGUGAGUUUUUUAUAGAAAUAUAAAAUGACGUGCAUUUUUGAAAAUCUCAUCAGUUAGAGAUAAAACAAGGAAUAUGCAGUAUCUAUUUUCUUGGAUAUGCUGUGUACAUUAAGCUCUUUAUAAUAAUAUGUAUUGCUACUUGGUACAGUUGUGCACAUUCGUGUCUCAAAACAAGGACUGAAAAUUGGACAAGAUAUGCCAACCUGGUAUCCAUUGGCUUUAUUAACAGUGAAUAUUUUUAGAUUGAAAAUUGGGAUAUAAAAAUACAUGUGUGGAAAAACCCAUUUAUAGCAGUUCUCUCAUUGCAUAUAUCCCAAAAUACACUUCAAUCCUCCUGGUUUAUUUUAAGUAAAUACAUCAGGUUAAGUUAAUCUUGAGAUUUUUUAAGUGUUCACAGCUCUAUUUUUGUGCCAGACAGUAGGACAGAGUCUUUUUCAUUAACUGUUACACUGACACUGUGAUGAUGUCUUACUGAGUGCGUCGUGAGAUGAGAUAUGCGACUAAUUUAAUGUGUUGCCAGUGACAACAUGAGCAGUAAACCCCUAUGGUGGACCUGUUGCCAGCUCCUCUAGUUGACAUUGUGUCAACUUUGGUGUUGGUAAAAAAGAAUUUUCAUACAUGUUUCCUUCUUGUGUGUGCACUUAAUUGUGCUGCUGUGAGAGUGGUUUACAAUGUGUCACAGUACCGUUUAUGAUUCUACAGCUUAAUCAUGAACAACUGUUGGUAUAGAUUACUGUGAGGUUGCAGCAAGACAUGUUUGCACAAUCUUCUUGAGACAUUCUUGCUGGGCUUUGUGCACCAACCCAUAUGCUUGUGACUCUGAAAUGCAGAUUACUGUGUUGAGAAAACAUUUUGAUCCUUGUGAUAAUUGUUUAAUUUCCUGUUUAUACAAUCAUCUUGUAAGAUGUGUAGUUCUGUACAAGUACAGUAUCAUUGGUUAUUAUGACCACUGUGUAUAUUGUCAAGUAUUGUCAGGAAACUGGUCACAAAAGUUUCCUCCUAAUCCCACUCAGCUGAUGUAAAUCGGCAACAGGAGAACGUUACUAUUUUUUUCACUCUUGUACUUUAUUAUCUCUCUGACAUGUGAAGUGUCUUAUAUACAUCCUAAUACUAUUUAAUUUUUCAUUGUAUUUAUGAAAACAUUAAAUAAAUAAUGAUUUUAUUAAUAUUUAUUUAUAAAUAGCUGUGUGUGAAGUAAGUUUAUACUGCUGUGUUGUAUGUGACUGCAUUGUAUAUUUAGGAAAUAGUGUGUUGUGUUGAGGGAUAGAAUGUGAGGGGAAGCCCCUUAAAAGACUGAACGUUACUAUGAGAAGCCUGAGAUUGGCCUUCCUGGUGAUCCUUUAAAGCAGAACUGUGUAUCUACUUAAUGGAUUCAUAAUUGUAUGAGGGACAUUAUCAUACCAUCAUCCUCCUUUUUGUUGUUACCUGUUAAAAAAAAUGUAUUUUUUUUUAGUCCAGUGGUCCUCAGCAUUACAUCAUUUUCAUCAUCAUCAUCAUCACCACUGUCUCACUAAGGGAAUAAUUUCACAUCAUUAGGGGUUUGGCUUUUUUGUUAGUCUAUUGUGUAAUUACUGUAGAGAUACUGCCAUGCCAUCAAGCUUUCUUUUUCUUGUACACUGUAUUUUUCCAAGAUUCAUAGGCUUCCUCCAUAUGUUUCAGACUGGUGUUCCUUGAGUAGGAAAACUGUGUAGAUUGUGGAAGUAUUUAGCAUCAUGGGAGGUAAUUUAUUUAAUGCAUUCACACGUGAUAAGGCAUAUGCAUGUACAUAGCAUUCUGGGUUUAGCAAUAAUGAAAGUCUUGCCUGUGUUUUAACCCAGGGGUGCUGAGUAACAUGUGCCAGUUUGUACUGUCAUAGCAAGCUCACAUUAUUACAAGAUAAGGGAAACUACAGUUCUCUUAGGCUGGUGCCUCGACGUUUUUUUUUGUUUUGGAAAUGGCGGUAUUAUACCUUAAAAUAAGAGACCAUCAUGCAGUAUUAUAUGGAGCAGGGCCUAAUUCAAAUUUUAUUCUCAUUUAUUUCAAUAUUAUUUCAUUUACAGUAAUAUUGUUUCUGUAAUCUACUGCAGUUAACUUCAGUGGCUGUUAUAUGAAUAUUUCCCAAGUAAAUAGAGCAGACUAGUUGAUUAUACAAUAAUUACUUUAUUACCUUUGUGAUCAUAGGUGUUCAAAAUACUCUUGUCGAUACAAUCAAAAUUUUUAUCAGUUUACAAAAAUUUGUAACUAAAGUCAACUAAAAAUUAUUAAAUUACAUUGUAGUAAAUCAUAUCUCAAGAAUAUUGCAGUUAAGUAAUAGUGUUAUUUUUAUUUUGUGGAUGGUCAAUAAAGAAAUUAGUUUAUGCACUGUAUAAAUAAUGCAGAAUUUCAAGCUCUGUAGUUUUAUUAUCAAUAUUAUUCCGAGUUUUAGAAAGAGUCAGAUAAAAAAAAAAGUGAUAAAUUUUCCUGUUCACUGAUUGACUAAUUUGUAUUUCUAGUUUGAGUGAAAAUUUAGUUGUUUUAGUUUUAAGAUGAAAAUAUGCCAUCAUUGAGCACCUUGUUGAGUUCUCAGUCCCCCACCUGUGGUACAGUAUUUACAUACAUUUCUUAUCACAGUACAGUAUAUACAAAAAUAUUCAUCAUUAAAGUAUCUCUCUAUUAUACAUAAGCUUUGUCAUUCUUUAACAUUUGUUUUGAUAUACCAGUUUAAAGCUAAAUUAUUAUAUAUAUAAAAUUGUAACUCUCUCUACCCCUCUUGAUUUCAUAAAUUUAUAAUACCUGUAAUAGUUUACUAAAUAUUUUAAGUAUGGACAAACUAGUAUUAUUUGUAAAAUUUCAUAUUUCACAUAGAAUUAAACCGAAUUUUUAAUCGAAAACAAUGUUUAUGGUUGUCAUUGUGACCCUAUUUUCUGCAGGUUAAUUUUAUUUAUUUAUUUAUUUUUUUUUUUGCUAAAUGUGUUAAUUUUACAUAUUGCCUUAAAGCCUCAUAUUAUGUUACUGGAUGUGAUGUGCUAAAAAUUACUGUAAAGAAAAUUCUCUUGAAUCAGAUAUUGUUUUCCCAUAGACAUUGACUAUGUAAACUGAGAUGUGUUUCAGGAAAAUAAAUUCAUCCCUAAAGCUUCAGAUCA